AUGUCAUCCAUUCUUAAUAAAUUUAGAAAGCAACCUUAAAAUGAUGUACCCCCAGGAAUUAAAAUAGAGAAUACUUUAUUUGGAUAAUAACAAGGAACAUAUCAGCCUCCCAUAAUUCCUUCUGUUUAAUUACCUCAAACUACCUAACCUAGAUAAAAAGGAAGACCAGGAGGAGGUUCUACAAAUCUAUAAUUUUUUAGGCUGGGAUGAUGAGCCUGAGCCACAAUAGUAAUAAUAAUAAGCAUUGUCAAACAAGCCAACUAAUACGAUCAAUCUAAUUAAUGAUACACCACCAAAAUAAAAUGAAAAUAAAACAAAUAUUGAUAUACUACUACCACCCUAAUCCUUUAAUAACAUUUAAUUAAGUAGAGUGACUGAUUAUAAAAAAGGAUAAUUAUUAACAUAUGAAGAAUUAGAGAUUGGGGGAUUGUAUUAAAUAUCUAUAUAAUUUUUAGUGAAUUUGAAUUUCAUAUUGUAGAAGAAGUAAUUAAAUUAGGUGGUAUUAAAUUGAAAUAAAGUGAUUCAGUUCUUAAGGAAUUUGCAAGAGCCUGUUAAACUUUAUAGGAAUAAUUGAUUGGAAGUAUACUUUUGAAUAAGCUAUAUGGUGAAGAAAAUUGGAAAGUUUAAAUAGUAAAUAAAUUAAAUCUAUUUUUUAGAGAUGCAUAUAUGCAAUUCAAUUUAUUAGUUAAUAAUAUUAAAACUAUAGAGAAUUCUUUUAAAUUAAUUAGAAUUACUUAAAGAUUGAUACGGAUUAAUAAAUAUUAUAAUCAGCUAUUGACUAAACAUUAUUAGAAAUUAAUGGAUAACAGAUAUAAAAGUAAAAGGUAAUUAUAAAAAAUUAUUUUUAAGGAGAUAUAACUUGAAUUUCGUGAACCACCUAAGCCAUAAUAAAAUAUAGUAUAACAAUAAACUAAUCUUUUUGAAAUAGGAAAUAAUGAAGGAUAACAGAAAUAAUAACAAUAAUAAAAACUUGAUUUAAAAUCUCUAAAAAUAAAAUAACCUGAAGUGAAACAAUAGACUUAAAAAUAAUAGAAUACUUAAAUAGAUUUACUUGAAGCAUUUAAUUAAAUAUCUCUGUCUAAUUAUGAUUAAAACUAAUAAUAAUAAUAAUAAUAAUAAUAAUAAUAAUAAUAAGGAAUUAGCUUUGAUGAAAUAUUAAAUACUUAAACAUUAGCUUAAACAGUAUAAUAACCAUAAUAAAAAAAGAAUGCUUUUGGCUUUCUCAAAAAAGAUUAAUAAUAAUAACCUUAAUAAUAACAACCACAAUAAUAAAAAUAAGAAUAAGUAUAAUUAAACUCAUUAUUAUUAUAAACACCUCAAUAAUUAUAUUAACAACCAGCAUUAAAUCAAUAAUAGACUUCAAAUAUUAUGUAUGGAUAACCAUCAAAUUUAUAUAACUUAUAAUAAUAAACUUAGUUAGGAUAGCCUAAUUAUUCAUAAGCAUUUGCUCAAUUUAACAUUUAAUAAUAACAAUACAAUUUGGUUUAGUAAACCCAAUUUACUUAAGAAUAACCAUAGUAAAUAUAACAGCCAACCCAUAAAGAAAAUGCUUUUGAUUUCCUAAAUUUCUGA